CUUCGAUCGAUAUCCCUGUCCUGGGCUGCAUCCAGACCGCCAUCCGCUCGACGCCCAACCCAUGCGCUUCCCUCGCUUCCCUCGCUCAUCCAUCGCCUCGCUGCAGAGCCGGCGCCUGGCCACCCCGGUCGUCCUGUCGCCGGCCCGCCUGUCACAUUCUGGCCCGUCGUGGCGCCCGAUCCUGGCGAUAUCUUCUGCCGUCCGUGGCCUCAUCGAUCCGACCCAGGCGGACCAGAUUGCUGCCCUCGGCGAGGCCACGGGCCCGAUAUUUCUGCGCAAGAUCCGCGACAAGAUGCUCCUCGACCCGACCGGCAGGAAGAUAUUGCGAGAGCGGCCGGUCAUCAACUCCACCACACUCGAUCUCGAAAAGCUCCGGCAAUAUCCCCCAAACUCCUUCGGGCUUGCAUACACCCGUUUUAUGGACCAGUAUCACUUUGACCCAGACGAACGAAGCCCUGUCAAGUACGUCGAUGACCCCGAGCUUGCCUAUGUGAUCCUCCGAUAUCGCCAGGUCCACGACUUUUGGCAUACGCUCUCUGGGCUCGACCAAAUCACCGUCGAGGCGGAGCUGGCGCUCAAGUGGUUCGAGGCCCACCAAACAGGUCUCCCAGUCGCCAUCCUCUCGGCCCUCGUGGGUCCAUUGCGUCUGACGCCCCUGGAGCGCGAGCGACUCUUUACCCACUAUGUCCCGUGGGCGUUGCAGUGCGCCGAAAGCUGCAAGUUCCUCAUGAGCGUCAUGUACGAGGAUCUGCUGGAUCAGGACAUUGACCAGGUGCGCAAAGAUCUUGGGUUCAUCCCCAUUCCUCCGCUCAAACCCAGCCUAGAGCCCUAGGUAGAGCCCGUAUCCAAUAGUACCCCACACCACCUCCCACGGGCGGUGGUGCACUUGGAUGAGCACACUGGACAUG